GGUCAUACUCUGAUGAAAAAUUGAAUUCAUCAUCAAUGCGCGCGCUGUUACUGACGUUUAUGCGCACAACUGUUGCACAAGUAUCAAUAAUAAAGUCAACUGAAUUUGUCGUGUCCCAUGUAAUUUCCAUUUAAUGAGAUUUAUUUAUUUGGUGUAAAUAUAUGUGGCGCACUGAUUAUAUCUGUAAAGAUAUAUUUGGUGUCAUGCAAGACAUGUAUACAUCUGUACUAAUCGCAUAGGGUUCAUUUACAAGUGCCUCAAGUUUUGAGGUUAUAAACAGUUCAGAGGCAUUUUGAAGACGAUACAUUUACAAAAUGAGUGGUGGUAUAGCUCCCAGCAGAUCUACUGUCUAUGUCAGCAAUCUACCUUAUUCAUUGACCAAUAAUGAUAUUCAUCAAUUUUUAGAAAGCUAUGGUAAAAUUGUGAAAGUUACCGUUAUGAAAGAUAAAGUUACAAGAAGGAGUAAAGGUGUUGCUUUUGUUUUAUUUCUUAAAGCGGAAGAUGCUAUUAAAUGUGCAAAAGAGUUAAAUAAUACAGAGGUUGGCGGAAGGACUGUAAAAAGUUCAAUAGCAGCGGAUAAUGGUCGAAGUACAGAAUUCAUACGCCGAAGGGACUACCCAGAUAAAUCACUUUGCUAUGAAUGUGGAGAGGAAGGUCACUUAUCUUAUAAAUGCAGUCACAACACUUUAGGUCCUCGAAAUCCCCCACCAAAGAAAAUAAGAAAAAGGAGUAGAUCCAAACAACAGUACAAAAUGGAAACUAAUUAUUUUGAUAGCGGCAGUGAAGAAGAAAGUAAAGAUCGUACACAUUUAUUAAAUACUACUAAUAAAGAUAAUGAAGAAAGUGAUACUGUAGAUUUAGAAACUCUUAGUGCCGCAAUUAGGCAAGAGCAAGAUAAAAAGGAACUUGAAAAAUAUAGACUUACGGUAGCAUCUGGUCAAUAUGACGAAUCAAUGCAUCAACCAACUAGACAACGAAGACGUUUUAAAAAGAAUUGUUACUUCAGUGAUGAAGAGGAACUGAGUGAUUAAGUGAACAAUAUUAGAUGACGUCACAAGGGACACUUUCCUGCACGACUCAUGUCGCGAAAUCACGAUGACGUCACAGUUGAUUGCUUCAGCAGCUGCACUCGCGUGAAGUGAAACAGCGAAAAAAUACACCUGCAGCCCGACACAGAAAGAGAAAAAAGGAUCGCGGGAAAUUGAAAUUUGAACGGCGCAAAAGAAGAACGUCCGCCAUUCGCGCGACGCCCACCCGAUUUCGGCGCGGAAAU